AUGGGAAAGCGCAAAGCCUUGGAUUCUGUUGCUGGCUCAAAAUUGCCUCCUCAAGGUGCAAAAGAGAAACAAUCAAAAAAGCUGAAAUUUUCAAAAAUGAUGAACGCACAACAAGAGCAUGAUGAGUUCCGAACGAACGCUGUAACAUGUCUGUUAGUGGAUGACCCUUUGAUGGGGGACCGGAAUUUGUUUGAAAUGUUUAAAAACAAUAUCAAUAGAAAACACAUCACUGUGGCCAAUACUAUCUACGAACGUUCGGCCAUACCUGACAGUAGAAAGGUGCUGGCCGAUGCUACUUUGAGUUGUUUGGAAAUGGUUACACUACUCGAUCCAAUUAUGGAUGAAAACAGCACUGAUGGAAAAUGCUCUAGUUUGCUGUUGACCAGUGAUCGAGAGAACAAGCGAUUUUUAGGAAUCCAUAUUGAUGAUGACGAGUGCAAAAAAGUCUUAGAAAUUAUCACUAUUCCUCAUGCUCCAACGUUAUUUUGUGUGUACAAUAGUGCAACUGUGGACAAGACAUGUUCUUCGCUUCUCCAAUUUAUCAUUUUCGCAUCUUCAAAACCAUUUGUGGCUAUGAUACCUCUUAAUCAACCAUCUCAUUCAUCCGUUCGCAACAAAGUUAUAUGGAAAACAGAAACAAUGAGUACAGUCAACUGCAUGGCUGUCUCUCAUCAACGAAAGCUCUUAUUUCUACGUCAAUCACUGUCAUCAAGAAUAGAUAUCAUGAACGCAGAUACCGCAGAAAGGCUUAUGGUUUUUCAAAUAUUUCCUCACUUUCCACCAAAAUUUUCACAUUUCGUUUGGGACGAGGAAAAGGACCAAUUAUUAUUGAAUGAAUAUGAUGCUUUAGCAAUACUGAAGUUUUCUUCCCCAACAAACACUACCAGUAACAAAAUGGGCCCUCUCACUGGCCAAGUGACAAUUCAUACACUGCCAGAUUGCCCAAUAAUUACACCUGGAGCAAGAAUAAUGCCUAUCAAUAUGAAUGGUGUAUAUGUUUUACUUCUUCCUUGUGGAAAGGGCAUUCAAGUUUAUAACUUACAAACAUGGGAACACAUAACUACCCUUUCCAUACAGGGAGAAAGUUUGUGCUUGAGACCUAUGAAUGAUGAUGAUUACUUUCGUCAAUUCGUAAUUACUGAUUUCACAAAAACUAAUCAUAUUCGUAGCGAAAGUGUUCGAUUAUCCUUAAACAACAUUUGCUUUCCUUUUAAUGAUACUAUUUACAACAUUGUAAAAAAGUUGAAUGGAAAAUUACCAGCUGUGAUUGAAACUACAAAAGACGUAAAAGGGAGAUCGAUUCGUUUGCCGUAUUGUAUUGCAACAUUUUUAGGAAUUAUAUGGGAACAAGAAACAGAUUUUCAUGUAGAUAUGUCAGACUGGAGACCAGCUGAUGACUAUGCUGUUUUAUUUCCAAACUCAUUGCCAAAUGAAGAUGGUGAUAGAGGUAUACAGAUUUGCGAAUGGCUUGAUAAUAACUCGGAUUCAUUGUUAAUUAUUGAGGGUGUUAGUGAUGUGGUGUGCGUAAAAUUGAGCGAAGUUUUUGAGUAUGAGUUGUUUACGCGAGGUUGUGAAGGUGAUUUUCCAUUAUAUAUAAUUGAAGAAGAUGAAGGUACAACAGUUAAAACUACAUUUAGAACGCUACUUGAAAGAAUUUCUGUAGUUAAAGCAGUCUCAACAACAAUACAAAACAAAGAAGUUCAAUUUGACCUGAAUUUUGAUAACAUUUUGAAAGAAUUUAUCAAAACUGGAUCAAAUUAUUACAACCCUUCUUCAGGAGAGCUUAGAAAGGAUGUUUUAACAGAAUGUUAUGCCAAACUUUGCAAAAAUGAACCCCCUCCAACGACAUCACAUUGUUUUGGCAUUUCUUGUGAGCAAAUGUUAGCAUUGAUUUUUACAUUAGGUGACAGAGACUCUUUUAUACCUACGAGCAGCUUCCAAAUUUACAACGAGUUUGUAGAUGAUAGAAAAAUUGACGAAAAACGAUGUAGGCGUCCCUUUAACAAUUAUGUCGUUUGGAAUGGCAUUCAACACGACCAGAGAGAUGUAUUGGUUUUAUAUUAUUAUUUGAGCAUUGUGCCUGAUGCAACAACUAAAUUGAAGCCUUAUCAAAAAGGAAUAUCUAGACACUGA